AUGGCCGAUGUUGCGGUCGAGAACCCGGCGAACCAGGUGGCGCCUCAUCGAAAACAGCUCCCGUCUUCCAUACCGAACAUCGACUCGCUAGAGGGCCUAACCUCCGAUGGCUCAGACGAAUAUUCCACAUUGAAGAAGCUGCAACGGCAUCUGGAAUAUAUCCAGCUUCAAGAAGAGUACAUCAAGGACGAGCAAAGGAGCUUAAAGAGAGAGCUGGUGCGAGCCCAAGAAGAGAUCAAGCGCAUUCAGAGUGUGCCGCUGGUCAUUGGACAGUUUAUGGAAGCUAUCGAUCAGAACACGGCCAUCGUUCAAUCAUCAACAGGAUCCAACUAUGUCGUCCGAAUACUCUCAACCCUCGAUCGCGAGCUCCUCAAACCCUCCUCAUCCGUCGCACUCCAUCGCCACUCCAACGCCCUUGUUGAUAUCCUUCCCCCCGAGGCCGACUCCUCUAUUGCCAUGUUAGGGGCGGAUGAGAAGCCCGACGUGACAUAUGCAGAUGUGGGUGGUUUGGAUAUGCAGAAACAAGAGAUCCGAGAAGCCGUCGAACUCCCCCUAACACACUUCGACCUUUAUAAGCAAAUCGGUAUUGACCCACCUCGCGGUGUUCUUUUGUACGGGCCUCCUGGGACCGGGAAGACUAUGUUGGUAAAGGCAGUGGCAAACUCAACCACGGCGAGUUUCAUCCGAGUCGUCGGCUCCGAAUUUGUGCAAAAAUAUCUCGGAGAAGGUCCUCGCAUGGUUCGUGAUGUCUUCCGAAUGGCACGCGAGAACUCUCCAUCUAUUAUAUUCAUCGACGAGAUCGAUGCCAUUGCCACCAAGAGAUUCGACGCCCAAACCGGCGCAGACAGAGAAGUGCAGCGUAUUCUUCUAGAGUUGCUCAACCAAAUGGAUGGAUUCGAUCAAACCUCCAACGUCAAAGUCAUCAUGGCAACCAACCGAGCCGAUACCCUAGAUCCCGCUCUUCUCCGUCCCGGACGUUUGGACAGAAAGAUCGAGUUCCCCAACCUCAGGGAUCGAAGAGAGAGACGGUUGAUCUUCACCACCAUUGCAUCCAAGAUGUCCUUGUCUCCUGAAGUUGAUCUAGAUAGUUUAAUCGUGCGCAAUGAUCCCUUGAGCGGUGCUAUCAUUGCCGCGAUCAUGCAGGAAGCUGGGCUGCGGGCUGUGAGAAAGAACAGGUAUAAUAUCAUCCAAUCGGAUCUUGAGGAUGCGUAUUCAAGCCAGGUCAAGGGAGCACAAGAGGCGAACAAAUUCGAUUUCUACAAGUAG